AUAAAUGCCCUCUAAUACUUUGUUUCUCUCUCUCUCUCACCUUUAAAUAAAUAAAUAUAUAUUUUCAAUUUUUUUUAAGAUUUAAUCAUUUGAAGAAUUUCAUUAUUUUUUAUUUCAAUAGUAUUUUCAGUUGUAUCAUCAGACAGUACAGAGCUGAGAAAAGAAGUGUUGCGUGUUUCGCUGGAGGAUUCUGUUGUGUUGUGGAUUUGAAACUUCUUUCUUCGCUUGUAUACGUAAGUGAUGGGUUUUGAGUGAGUGGAGGUUUAUGGGUCUUGCUGCUCUUGCAUUGGGUUUUUCAAAAGAAGAGAAAGAAUAAGAUAAAGAAAAGGAAAAUGAGAUUGGUUCUUGCAACUAGAUGUCGAUGAAGCAUCUGGGUGUUUUAGUAUGAGAAAACCCAGAUGAGAUUCUUUACAAAAGAUACAUAAUAAUGGCUUAGUAGCCAAGCCAGGCAAUGAGGUGUGUUUGGGGGAUACGAUGCCUUAAUUGAUUUUCUACGCUAGAAAGGUGUAUUAGAGCUUUUUAUAGUUCCAGAAAGCACACGUUUUCAGAGUUGCAACUGUUUUGACUUUUGUUAGUUUAAAUGCUUGGCUGCAAGGUGUUUCUGACAUAUAAGCGUAGGAGGCUGUCAGGUAAUAGACAUGCCCCAGGAAAUGGGCGCCAUAAUUCAGUAUCUGUUCCAAAUGAGAUUCUUGGACACCGUCCAGAUUUGUAUGAUGAAAUGAUAGAUAAGCGCACGUCAGAAGGUCAGAAGGAAAGUUCUGAGCAUAUUUGUCAAGGGAUAAGCUUAUGCUCUACUUGUAUCAAUAAACAAGAUUCUUCAACAUCUUCAUCAGUACAAAUGUCAAGCUUACUUGAGGCAAAGAAAGAUAUUGAAGAAUCUGAUGCUGCAGAGAAGACUUUAAGUUCUGAUAAACUUCUGAUGAAGAGUUCUGAUGAGAGUAUCUCUGAGAAGGACGUAGAUGUACCAUCUUCUGCGGAAGAUUGUUCGCAGAACAAGACAUGUCACACUCCAAUGAGUUCAUCUUCAGAUGUUAUUGCUGACAUUUCUGGCGACAAUCGAUGUUUUGAAGGGAGAUUAGCUUCUAACUUGGUGGGUACUACCGCUAAUAAGAGUAUGGUUUCUGUUGGACUAAAAUCAUCUCUUGAAGUAAAAAGCAGCUUCGAAUCUCAUGAUACCCCAUUAAGGUCAGAGACAUCAAGCUUGGAGAUUGCUGAUUCAGUUGAUAAAGGCAAGUUCAUUUCAAGUACAGGUUCGGCAGAAAAAGCCCCAUCGAUGGCACCAUUGAUUACCUUCAGUCGAAGAUAUAAAAGAAAAAGGAAUGACAGUCCUGAUACACAAGGGAAAUUUUCGCUGGAGGAUAGAAAGCAUUCAGUGGUUAGCAAGUGCAGUAAUUCUGCGUGCGGUGAUACUUCUUCAAGUGAAGCAGCUCAUAGGAAAGGCUGCUCUAUAGAUCAGUCAUCAGAAUUGAAGCCUCCAGCAGGGGUCAAUGAUACAAGUGAUUUAAUUUGCCAAAUUGAGAAUAAAGUACUGGAGGUUGAUUCUACAAGUGCUCAUGCUAUACUAGUUCCAGAGACAGAAGUUUUGAUUCUGGAGAAAGAAAAACUGAACGAGAGAAAAAACACAUCCGAGGGUGACUUGCAUGAAGCUGAAAAAGUUCUCGACCAAAAUGACCAGAUUACAGCUGACUUCCAAGAUCUGCCUAUGGAUUGCUUGGAAAUUUCUUUGCGCAAUGCUGCUGAAGACUCUUCCUUGAAUAAAGUUGUAAGUGCAGGUAAACGACCAGAAAAUGACCAUGCAUGUGAAAGAGAAGCUCCGGAAAUCUUAACUAAGGGUUCGAAAGAAACAGGAGGACUUCAUCCUCUUCUGGACCUGUCUAUUGCUCCUACUGAUUCAAGCGAUACAGGGGAUUGUAAUGUCUACUUGAAGUUGAAAUCCCAAAAGCAAUCAAUGCAUGCUGCAUCAGAAACUUUUUGGGGCUCUUUGGACUCAACUAGCAGAAGUCAUGCUGCUGUUUCGCAUGAAAUAUCUCCUCCAGAAAUCUCAAAUGUCAGAGAUGAGAGAAAUGGGAAAUCUAUAACCCACCAUUCACAUCUGCAUAGAGGUGCAUGUACAUUUGUAAAAGAAGCAAAUGCCGAUUUCCGGGAUAAUGAUAAAUCUUCUCCUCUUACUGUGGACUUUAUGUCAAACAACAAAUGUCUUCAGCUUUUCUCUGAUGAAAGAACUGAUGACAGUUCCCAGUCGGUGAUUAUGCAGCCUGAGGAAACUGCUUGUAUGGUUUCGGAGGAAAGACUAAAUUUUCAGUCUGAAAUGAAAAAUAAUAGAAUGAAAAGAAGAUCUCCACCCUUUCUAUGUCUGUCCUUGCCAACAAAGUCUAAAAUUACUAGAUUUGCCUCCAAAAAUUGUUACACUACGGUCCACUUGUCGAACUCUGAUGGCGAAACCAGACAACUUUCUCAGGAUGUACUGCCUCAAUCUUCAUCAUGCCAUUCAUCCUCUAUUCUGAGACACAAAUUGAUACUUGAUGGCAUUGUAAACAAGGCUAGAGCCUCUAAGGAUAAAUCCAAGCUUCUAACAUCUUUCUGGACUGAAGAAGAGUUGGAUUCUCUUUGGAUUGGUGUAAGGAGAUAUGGAAGGGACAAUUGGGAUGCUAUGCUAAGGGACCCAAGAUUGCAAUUUCAACCAUGCAAGAUGGCAAGGGAGCUUGCAGAGCAGUGGGAAGAGGAACAAUUCAAGCUUAUGAGUGGCACUUUUGCACCACAGUUUCGGCCUUCAAAAGUACAAGGCAUUUCUUCGAGCUUCAACAAUCGGGGUACCACAGGAAUCUUUAAAGAGAAUAUGACAGACGAAACUGAACUCUCCCUCGGGGAUGUAUAUACUCAUAGAGAUCGUUGCAUGCCAAGAAGGUCUAGAUUCAAGUCGUCUUAUGUGCGGAACAAUGACUCUGAAUAUCCACAGGAGCAUGUAAAGAAGCCAACUACAGAUCUCUAUCAAGAUUAUCAAGGGGAAAGUUACGAAGAGGGACCAUUUAAUUGUUUCGGGAGCUGGACUAUGCCAAAAAACCGUUCUUCAUCAACUAAUUAUCCAGCACCUUUCAUGCCAGGGAACGGCAAUCUCCCUCACUGGCUGAGAGAGGCAAUUUUUACUUCACCAAUGCAAACUGAUCUGCCUCUGCCUCCACCUGCCUCACCAUUAGUUCAGUCACAAAUGAUGCAUGUUGCCUGCCCAUAUUUUGAGUUAAACUUGGGAUGGAGAAGUGAAAUGCACCACCAUUUACAGACAUCAGGAAAAGGUCAUCUUCCCAACCAAUUUUCUGGAAUGAGACGUGAGACAGCUGAACCAAGGACUUCUCAUGCUGGUAAGCCAGAUGAAGUGAUUGUUAUCAACAGUGAUGCAUCUUCUGAAGAAACAAUAUCAGAUGAUUGUAGCGCCAGGCCAUAGAAACUGAUUUUGUAGGUGCUGUCUUUAAUUUGUUGGGCAACUUGUAGAAAAGUGGUUUAUUAAUUCGAUGUACAGUCUGUAGUUGACAGUGGAAAUUGGCUUUUUAGUGGUAAUUUGUUUUUAGAAUUAGUUUAAUCUUGUCAAAGACAGAAAUGGACUUACUAGAUAGUUGAAUGUAUAUAGAGAUAAUUGAGUCAUUAUAUGUAUUUUGAAUUCCGGAUUAGUGAAUGAGAUCUCUUAUACAUAUAA